AAAAGACUUAAAACCUUGGAAGUUUUCAGCCCAUUGUCAAUCCGAGCUUGGUUUGAGGACUACAGCUGUCUAACGGUGAUUCCCCCCGCCACCGUCUUGCCUGAGAUGCAUAAAUUACGUCGCAGGGAGCAGAAUUCCCGAAGGAGGGCAGUGCAGCCCCCCCUCCCCCUAGCAGAGUGGUAGCUCCCAUUCAGAACUCUCUGUCUAUUCACACGCUGAGUUAUGUGGCGGAAGACCCGCAGAUAACGGGAAAGAACACUUGAGGUGCCAGCCGCUUCGUAGCGGGGAGCCUCAUUUUUUACUUUCCUGGCUCCAGUUUCUCCCCCUCUCUCCCCUUCCUUUCCUUUUCCUUUCUGGAGGGACAGACCACGAAGAUGGAUGGAGUCUUACUAGGCUGGACUGCUUUGCUGUGGCUAACAGGUAAGGGAUUUCAUGGGGAUCAAUAACUUUUUGGAUUCCCAAAGGAGUUGCCUGCCUUCUCUCCCUCUCCCUCCCCCCCCCCCCAGCUCUGUGUGUGUCGUGUUGCAGCAGGUUUCAAGCUUGUUCAGCAAGUGGGAGGCACGGAAGGGAGGGGGGGUUAGAAAUGUCGAACAAAUAGUAAACAGCGUGUUUGAUUGAGGUGCCCGUUAUCGGUGUUGUAGGCAAUAAACUGCUCCACACCCCCGCAGCGUAUCUCUUUCUAAAGGGGAAAAAUGAUCUUUACUUUACCCCCCCGCCCCCACUUUUCCUCCCAAAUCUCUUUCGUCCUGCUCUGAUUCAGAAGCAGGCGAGCUCUGCCUGGGUGUGGGUUUUUAGCGUGGCUGUCUCCCCCCCCCCCCGGGUGCCACCCCUGGAUUUCUUUGGAGUUAGUUGGAUGUGGGGAAAAACAUCUUUUGGAAAUGUAUUGGGGCAUCGGAAUUGGCAAGGUACAGCUGCAGGUUUUUGUGGCUCCCAGGCAAAGCUCUCUGCUUGCAGAUGUCCUGCACAGACAGAUUGAUAAUUAAGGCAGAGUCAUUAUUACAGUACUGUACUCUCUUCGGUUCUGAAUCACUAACUGAUUAAUGUCCCAAUUUCACUCAUACACAUGCAUUAUUAUUUUUUUGGAGGGGGUGUUCUUCUCUUUUUCCAUAGAUUGAUAGGGUUAAACGGGCAGCUUUCCCAUCAAGCGAUUGGAAUCUCUUCCCUGGCUACAUGUGCCAAACAUGCCCCCAGGACCACUUCUGUAGCUGGGUGUGUGUGUAGAAAAAACAUCCAAAUGUCAGCAUCCAAGCAACCCUUAGCUUAUGAUGCUCAUUUUUCUAGCUCCCCCCACCCCCAGUUCCUUAGGUCCUGGAGGGUCCCAGGCCACCAUUUCCCCUAGCAGAGUUGCUUGCAGAGAAUUUGUUCAACUGAGGUUUCUAGUCUAGGGAGCUAUGUGGCUAUCCUCCCCUUGAGCUUGCUAAUACCACCCACCCCACAAGCUUGCUACCCACCCUGGUCUGAAUCCUAAACAUGCCCUAUGUAGAAGAGUUUUCUGUUUCUUCCUUUCUAGCAUAUCUGCCUGCUGUACUGAAAACAGAGCCCAAAUCCUUCAUCUCCAUCAUUUGGGGCCUGAAGUUUGCUGGUUUACUAACCAUUCUGGGCUCACUUCCACACCUUGCCUUUCCUGAGCCACUGCAGCUCAUUAACCCAGCCAUCCCAUUUCUGGAUUGCUGCAACGUCCGCAUGCCAGCUGGAGCCAAAGAGGCCUUGCUUGAGUUUUCAGACCACAAGGAUAGCCUGCACCAAGGGAUACCAAGAAUUGGGACACUAAAGCAAGCACUGAGUAACUCGCUAGUCACCAGGGAUCCUGUCCCUGGCAUUGCACAGCACAGCAUAGCACAGCACAUGCAUGAACUAGGCUGGCUGGAGUCAGGAUGCUGUUUUUGCUUCCUGCAAAAAUCAGGCAGAAGUUAUGGGUGAUGAUGGGGCUGUCUGUGUGUUGACCAGCAGGUUAUGGUGGUGGCACUCAUGUGGGUCCUUAAGCCUCUCUUUGGUCACAAGGAAAUGCCCAGUUUUGCUGACUGUUAAUGCCCAUCAUGUCUGUUGAAAUUUUGGGAGAACAGGCCAGCCCCAGAGAUUGUGUAUGUGCGUGCUGAGGUCUAGCCUAAGUGAAAAGGCUAAGAUGACGUUUUGCCAUUGGAAAACACAGAUUGUAUUGGUUGGAUUAGCAGUUCUGCUUGCUCAGGGGAAAAGAGUGUCAUUUCCUCUUUCUUCAUGGAAAAGUAGUUGCUUACUUUGGUCAGGAGAACUUCCUCAGAAAAAAAGAAUUCAUUGCUGCUAUUUCCUGUAAGGUUAUUUUGGCAGCAGCUAGCUUUGCUUCUCGCAUAUCUCUUUCUCCAGGUUGUUUUCUGUGGAAAAUUAUUGCAUUCAAAGCAGUGUGCAGAGACUUCCAUAUUUAUGGUUACCUACAGUAAAAUAGAUACUUGCAUAAUUUUCACACAUGACGGUGUAUGCAGACAUACACAGUUGCUUUCCUUCAUCCAUGCAGAAAUGGUGCCCUGUAUGAAGAUGCCCUCAGGUAAUCCUCUGCUAAUGUAUGAAUGGGGAGAGGGGAGGGAAAUCCCAGGAAUAUGUGUCAGAUGAGUAUUUCUAUGAGUGUCAUCAGUUCACUUUUACAAGGUACUGAGGAGGAUGUUGCCUUGGUGCUAAGCUACAGAAGAUUCUAGGAACUGCCGCUUUGCAGUAUUGAAUUUGCACAAAUAGAUUAUGGGAAGAAGCACAGGAAGCAAACUUGAGGGAUUUGGCUGUUCCUACUCACUUUUGUAUGCACAACAGCCAGCAACCCAUUGUAAGAAUGGUUCUUUCUUGCACCCUAUUAAGAAAGGCGGGAAGGAGGUGGGUUUAUGGCUUUUCUGUGGCUAAACAAAACCAGACUGGGAUAGCUCAGUUGGUAGAGCAUGAAACUCUUAAUCUCUGGGUCGUGGGUUCAAGCCCCACGUUGGGCAAAAGAUUCCUGCAUUGCAGGGGGUUGGACUAGAUGACUCUUGUGGUCCCUUCCAGCUCUACAGUUCUCUGAUUCAGGCAUACAAUAUAACGUUGCCUACCUUGCUGCUUCUGCAGAGAGGUCGUUUGGGGAGAGGGCUAUGGCUUAGUGGUAGUGUGCUUGCCUUGCACGCAGAAGGUCACAGGUUCAAUCCCUGGCAUCUCCAGGUAGGGCUGGGAAAGGCUUCCUUCCUGAAACGCUGGAGAGAUGCUGACAUUCAAUGUAAACAAUAUUGAGCUAGAUGAACCAGAGGGUCCGAUUUGGUUUAAGGCAGCUUUCUAUGUUUCUGGGAGGGAGACUUUUCUUGCAUGUAGUCUCUAGCGUUCUCUUUCAUUUCAGUAUUGGAACCAAACUAGAUGUGAUGUUGUUCACACAGUUAGCAAUUUAAUGAGUCUUUUUAAACCCUUGGUGAUAAGAAACACUUACUGGAUCAAGUCAGCUUUGGGGUCAGAUGUGUGCUGGGACAGCCAUAAAAACAAAAAAACCUGAGGGAAUGGUGUUAAGCAUGACACUGUUUGCACAUAAUUUUUUUUACACCAUCCCUAAGAGCUUUCCUUUUUCAGUAAAAUGAUAUAGUUGCAAAGAGGUUAUUGGGGUCUGUAAUACCCCACAAUGUGAAGCACAUAACACCAAAAGAACAGUUGACAGUUUUAUUUUAUAAUUGACAGUUUUAUUUUAUGUAAAAUAUUUUCUUAGUUAUUCCAAAAGGAGUAGAAUUAUUCUCAAAAGCUGUAAGAAUAAAACAUAAUAUUUUUCACUAGGCUCAGGAAGUGGGUCCCUGCUAUGCAGCAGGGCAAUUCACACUUUAUCAUGAUUGAGGAAUACCUGGAACAUAGGAUUGUAGAAGGUUGGCAGAUAGUUUAUGAAUUUUUCAGCACUGUAAGGUGUGCAUUUGACCCAAAACAUAGAUGAAAGCUUAAAAUAUAAAUAAAUUUAUAAAAUGUGAUAGGGAGCAAUGUUAUUAUUUUAUUGCAUUACAAUUUGUGUAAAUUAUAUUUUAUAUGGAUACUCUACUUGAAAGUUGUCGAAACCUACAACUAGUACAGUGGAGCUGAAGAGGGCAAUAGAGGGACAUGAUAAGAAAUCGGAGAAGGUAAAUUGUGGGGAGGGGGAGGCAGAGAAAGUUGAGGUAACCAACAGAGAAACUUAAGAGUCAUUUCACAAAUUGUGUGUGGACUCCUCCUGAUGGUUGCAGCACCAGAGUGCAUUUCUUUACAGAGUUAUUUCACCAGGCUGAGAAUGUCUGCAAGCCUCACCUGCUGUAUGAUCUCAGGCCCUGCAGAAGAUAAUGCUGCCUACAGCCUCAAAAACAAUGCUGACUUAUAAAGAAUCUUUCGUCGUAGUCAUCAUGAACAAGUCAUAUGACAUAUGGGAGCCUGAGAGCCAGCUUUCCAACACCACAUUUUAUAUGCCCUGCCAUUAUCCUUGGGCCCCACUGAGGAAUUCCCCCAAAGUACUGAAUAAAUUUCCUAUAGAAGUGCAGGAGUAAAUCUGUGCAAAAACACCACAGGAGCCUUGAUUUAGAUAAGUAAUACCACAACAUUGCCAACAUUUUAAUGGCUGGUUUAGAACAAAGCUUCCUACCAUCAGCUCCUCUACAGAGCUUCUAUUGAGAACAUUUUCGGUGUCUGCACUCACAUAGGAAGAAAUCUUUUGAGAAAGUUCACAAUUCCAUUCAGUAAUUUCCUCCUCUCCAUUAACUUAAGCCUGGAACACUUCACCAGGAGGUUCUUUUCCUGGGUUUGCAGUACCAGGAAUACCCUUUGGUGUUUGUGGGGGCUAGGGCAAAGCACACUGUUUAUCUGCUCCAGCCUUAAUCUCCCCUCUGCCCCCUCGCUCUUCUCCAUGAGGUUUGUGUCCUCUUCCUGGUGUUUAUUCUUGUUUUUUGCUGCCCCUUUGGCAGUGACAGUACCAAUGUGGCUCUGUGCCUCUCAUCAACUCUCUCCAUGUCUUGUUCUAGGAAGGGUGGAAGUAGAGAGCUUUGUUGUGUGGGCAGAAGCUGGCAGGGCUGGCCAGGCAGCGGGGCUGUCAGCGGUGGCCGUUGGUAUGUGGGGGACAAAUCCCAGGGUAGUUGCCCAAUUUGCUGCUCUUUGGAUAAUCCUGUACUGUACAGUUCAGUCAUGCAAGGGACAUAUAAGCACCACCUUAAACCAAGAAACUAAUUCACCUCUGUGCAUUCCUGCAAGGUUCUAGUUUCCAUCUACAACAUAUCACAUGCUGCAUUGUCUGCAGGCAGGGCCUAAAGUGUUUGUUUCAAACAGAGACCAACACUUGCACAAUUUAGCUCUGUCUUUCUUCAAAAAUAAUUCUUAGCUGGGGAAGUCAAGAAGCAGAUUAGAUAGGCAAAACUAACAUUUCUGAGCCACCUAUUGCAGGAACGUCCCAGCAGAAAAAUUACCAGAACACCAUGUAUUGUCAUCUGUAGGUCUCAGCUUUCCCAGUACACCAUCUUGGGUCCAUAGCCCAUUCAAAACGAUUAUCCUUGUCUAGAGUGGUAGGCUUCUUCUAGUUUACAGAUACAGUGGUGCCUCGCAAGACGAAAUUAAUCCAUUCCGCGAGUCUCUUCGUCUAGCGGUGUUUUCGUCUUGCGAAGCAACCCUAUUAGCGGCUUAGCGGAUUAGCGCUAUUAGCGGUUUAGCGGCUAUUAAAGGCUUAGUGGCUUAGCAGCUUAGCGGGUAAAAGGCUAUUAGCGGCUUAGCGGCUUAGAAAAAGCGAAAAAAAUCUCAAGACUCGCAAGACAUUUUUGUCUUGCGAAGCAAGCCCAUAGGGAAAUUCUUCCUGCGAAGCGCAUCGAAAAAUGGAAAACCCUUUCGUCUAGCGGGUUUUUCGUCUUGCGAGGCAUUCGUCUUGCGGGGCACCACUGUAGCUCAUCAGUCUAAAGCAGAGGUUUUCAACCUUUUUGAAAGGCUCCAUUUACCAACUACAUUCUUCCUGUGGCUCCCCUGUGAGGAAACAUGCUCCAAGCCUGAGAAGCCCAGUUAUGUUGCCCCUUGCCUGCAGAGCAGGCAGCCCCUCACCCCUUUUCAAACACCCUCCCUUGUGGAGUGUUCCCUCGGCCUCCUCUCCCCUUCUCUUUCCUUAGGAGUCCUCUGGGCAGCCACCCUCCUGCCCCAAAGAGAGGUGCCUCCUCACGCCGACUCACUUGCUUGCUUACUCCAAGGCUGCUUCAGCUCCUGGCAACCAGCACCCCCUGGCCAGCCCCAAAUACACCAUUGGUCUGGGGAGCUUGUAGUCAGGGCCGCUGCAACAAACAGCCACACAAACCUUUGAGUGGCAAAGACACGAGAGGGCAUGGGGGGGGGGAGAAAAGAGGGAAGGAGACCAGUGUUGCCCGCGGUACCCCUAACCAUCAUUCAAGGCACGCCAGUUGAACACCGCCAGUCUAAAGUAAUUGCUCCCUAGUGAAAAAAGACACCCUAACAUAACAUACAAAUAUGGUAUGGUGCUUCAUGUCAUUGGUAUCAGGUGCAGGCUUUGCUUUGUAGUUUUCUGAUUUCGGCAUCUCUAGGAGUUGGAAGUUUUCAAUAUAAACUUGUACAGCCUCACUAAAAAAAGGGCAACGCUUCUAUGGGCAAAAUAAGGGCUCAAAAAGCUAUGACUAAUGUGCAUUUUACUCUUGCUCCUAUCCUGUGCACUGAUUUCUGUUAUCUCCAUUGCACAGAAACUGCUGUUGCCAAAGCCAACAACUUAUUUUUUCCUAAAUUUAAUUCCUCUUAUCUUCAUCGGUUUAGAGUGGAUGCAUGCAGUCAGGUUCUCCUCUGAUUGUUACAAUUAUCAUGUUAAGAGUCUGGUGUUUUGAAGCUUCCAUUAUAUGUUUGUUCACCUCAGGAAUUCAGUGAAUGCAGGUAGUAGUCAUCAGUAAAUGAAAGGUUAGCCUUUAAAGAGACUAACAUUGAACAUGACAUUUAAAAACUUUGUAGGCCCACUGAAUCUUCACUUGAGCUUCUUGUUUUCUUUGCUCACAUCAGUUCCCCAGUUCUACUUUUUGUAUUAACUUCCCUCCUGUAUUUUGUCAGUUCCUGAACACACUCUGUUCAUACUAAUAUUAUAAUUGAUUUUUCUUUCUUUAUUUCAAAUCUACUCCUACAAUCUCUGCAAGCAAUUCCUCAUCCCUUCUCACCAUGAGGAGGAAUCUCACCUUUCUUCUUCUGAACUGUGAGCUUGUUCUUUGCGUUGCCUUAUUUAGACCUGUAAAUAUUUCAGGAACAGAGGGCUCAUUUGUGAAAAGUCAUGUAUGCAUUAGUGGUGCCUUAGAUGCUUUUAAAGCCAUAGCUUUGCCAAUGGUGCAGAUUAAUGUGGGGGUGGCUCAAGUGAUAUUGCUUGCAUUGUCCAGCUGUUCCCUUAGAUGUAUGUAAGAGCAACACAUUGUCUUUCAACCAGCCUUUUUUGCAUUGUGAAAAUUUGCCCUAUAAUAAAGAGGGAUAAUGCGGAAGCUGUUGAUGGAGUUCCAUUCGUGUAAUUAAUUCCCAUACAUUAUCUUUGGGGUCUACUGUGCCAGCAUAGAAUGCAGCUGUUCUAUCACUUGGAGAAAAUGUAUUGUUAGAUUAUCAGAAAUGUUUAUUUCCACUGAUUGCUAAUGGCUGAACAACUUGUUCCUUUCUCCCUUACUCUCAUCCUUCCACCUGGAUGAUUUUUGGUUAGUUCACAGGCUAUUAGUAGCAGUUUCGACAGCACCUGCCCCCACAACCUGUUUCAGUUUUCAAUGUGGUUUGACACUGCUGCCACUUUUAAAACAUUAACUGGGUUUUGUGAUUGUAUAGAGAUUUCUUUUUUUAAAAAAAUAUUCUUUAUCUUUGGGGAUCUCUGAAAUUAAGAGGCAGAAUAUAAAUAUAAGCAUAUAAAUAUGCUAUGAUAUUCAGCAGCUAGUUAUGCUAGGAUUAAAUAUAAAGGGUAGUAUCCCAAAAAGUUCUACUCAGGGGAGACCCCUUGCAAUUAAUGGAGCUAAACUAGUUGUGUUCAUCAGUUUAAGUGGGUCCACUCAGUAGGAUUAAGAUUGAACACAAUCCAGGGUGUGAAAUUUCCCCAAGCCUGUAGAGUUAGGUUUAGACUUUUUUUUUAUUUAUUAACUUCAUUUAUGACCGGAUUCCACACAAUUUUCAUUAUUAUUCAAAGGCUUCAGCAUUUUAUCCCAUUUAUUUAAGUGAGAAUAAACAUGUUAACUACUUUGGAAAUAGUGUAUGGACCAGGCUUUUUAGUUCCUUGGAAGCUUGUAAUACCUUUCCCCAUAAUAAAUCUGUAAGUUUUUCCACAUAGCUAUUUACAUCAACUUCGGAAGUUUAGCAAAAUCAAAGUCUGAACUGCAAGGCAAUUCUUCAGCCAACAAAAGUGUCCAAAAUACAUAUACUAGGGAAGGGGUGUUAAAAAAAUGCACAUAUAAGUGAAACUAACAGACAAAAAUGCACUGUAUUAGGGAAAAUUGCCGUGCAAAAAUUCGUACCUUAGGAUAAAUUUGCACUAAAAUGCUGGUGAAUUUUCAUGUGGGCUAAAAAAACAAUGCAAACUCACAUGGAGAACUGAACUUAUGGUAAGACUGGAAAGAUGAUAACCAAAAAUUCAAAGUGACAUUUUCAACCAUCCCUAGUGAAAGCUUUUGAUGUUCCUGUGGCUGCAGCAGAGGUGAAUUGGAGAGCACGUGAGGCCAAGUUUUGCUGCGGCUUGUUCCUGUCAUGACAAACUGCAGUUUACCUUGAUGUCUGAACCAGCUCAGUAUAGUUUUGAUGCAUUAAAUAGCACUAUUGCCUUGCUGCCAGUAUUUCUCUAGCACAUUUUCUUCUUGGCACCAAAAGCAGAUGGCAAUCUCCUGUAUAACAUUCUGUCUUGAUCAGAACCACUGAACAGAUGGUUGAUACCUCACAAAUCAAUAACGUUCAUACUUUUUGUCUUGUAGCUGUGACUGAAGGGCUUCAGGUCAUGGUGCCGGAAAAGAAAAAGGUGGCCAUGCUCUUUCAGUCUGUUGUGCUUCGAUGCCACUUUUCAACUUCUUCCACACAACCAGCUGUGGUGCAGUGGAAGUUCAAAUCAUAUUGCCAAGACCGCAUGGGAGAAGCUCUGGGAGUGGUCUCUGCAGGCUUACAGGCUGUGAGCAAGAGGAACCUGGAAUGGGAUCCAUACUUGGACUGCGUGGACAGCAGAAGAACGGUCCGCAUUGUGGCUUCCAAGCAGGGCCCAUCGGUCACAGUUGGGGAAUUCUACAAGGGAAGAGAUGUCACCAUUCUCCAUGGUAACUGCCUGCCUAGCAGUUUAUUAAUUAUGGGAAAGCUUCUUUGGCUAUUAUGAAUGGUAGAAAAUUACAUCAGUUUUUUGGAUCUCUCUUACGAGGAUCAGUGUGCUUAUUUAUUAUAGGCAGGUAUAUUCCACUCUUCAGGCAUAUUCCCAGGGCAGUUUACAUUUAAAAAACCUGCGAAACAGUUAAAGUACAAAUUUCAAUAAAACAUAAAAACUAACAAGGCAGAGAGAUCUUAGAUGUAAAAACAUCUAGUGGCAGUGUAAAACACUAAGCAAAAAUUAAGUUGUAAAAACCUUGGUAAAAUAGAAGAUCUUUUUCUUCGUGUGUGUUGUUGAGGUGUAUGUCCCUUCCUAUAGAAAUAAAAACUAUUCACAAUCACUUUGCAUUGCAUGAAGGCUUUCUUGUGAUCUGGAACCCUGACCACCCAGAUCCUAGAUUCCAAAGAAGCCAUUGCAUGUUCAGCUAUAUGUGAAGGCCCCCUCCCUACAGAUGUUUGUGUUGUAUAUGUGGAUUGGGGCAGGAGCCUGUGAUGUGAAUGGGGCUAUACCUUGCUUCUGUGUUGAAGGGCAUGGGAACAAAUGGCCUUGUGAGAUAAGUUUUAUAUGUGUCCUACUUUCAUUGUGGAAAAGACAAUCUGGUGUGUUCCUCAGUAAAUAGGAAUUUGGUCUCCUGGAUCCAAAUCACUGUCCAGUGGAGUUUGCUGGCUCUCUGGAGUGCACUGUGGCUCACUGGAGUGUGCUUAUUUCUCUAAGGAAGAAAAAUGCACUCCUGCCAGUAACAACUGUUAGUGAAAGCCUUGUUUUUAGUCCUUCACCUUUUCUCUGUGUUUCUGACUCUACUAUUUCUCUUACAUUGUUUUUCAGAUGCAGACCUCCACAUUGGAAAACUGAUGUGGGGAGACAGUGGGUUGUAUUACUGCCUCAUUAUCACACCUGAUGAUGUGGAGGGCAAGACGGAAGAGUCAGUGGAGCUGCUUGUUCUGGGUGAGCUAUGUUCUCAGUGUACUUUUCCAUUCAACACAGCCUACUUCUCUACUAAUUUCUAUGUACUUAUCUAAGGUCACAUCCACGCCAUACAUUUAAAGCACUGUUAUACCAUCUGGUUCCUACCAAAGAGUCCUGGGAAAUGUAGUUUGUUAAAGGUGCUGAGAGUUGUUAGGAGAUCCCCUAUGCCCCUUGUAGAGGUACAAUUGCCAGAGUUCUCUGGGAAGAGGGAGCUAUUGGUAAACCACUCUGGGAAUUGUUUUUAAAUGCAUGACAUUAGUCUAUACGUGAAAAGAUUUGCAACAUUUCCUGGGUGUCCUUCUCUGGUCUUUCUGUUCCUUGCAUUGUUGCUUUGUGUCAGAGUGAAGCUGAUCUAAAGAGAUACAAUCCAGUAUUGUUUUGCAAUCACUACGCACUGUUGUAAGGCAACAUGUAACAAAGGAUGGAGAGUGCCAGAUUCUUUCCUCCUAAAUUUAAAUGAUAAAGUUCCACUGAAGCAGUAUUCCAAGAUCAGUGUUUACUUAAAUGAUCGGAUCCUGUUUUCUUUGAAACUCCAGAUGGCUCACAUUAAAACAAAAAUAAGUGCAUAAUUUAAAAUACUUUUACACUAAACGUUGCAGUGCCAACAUGCACAAUGAAUUUCAUUAAUAUAGCCUACAAGUUAAAAACACAGCUUUUGCAUUGUUUUCAAAAUUUAAACAGCUAUCUAAAAUUCUUAGAAAAAUUGGGCAGAGAAAUAACAAUUGUUCAAAAAAAAAUAUUAAAAAACAAUAACACCCCCCUGAAAUGGUGGGAUUGGUGUAAAUGGUUUGCCAGGUAUCCUAUUGCCCUUUUCUUCAAACUACAAUGCAAAAUGGCAACCCUGGAAGCAGCAGAAGGGAACUUUGGGGCAAAUUUCUACAGCAUGAACUGUGCAAAUCCAACUUCUGUGGUGCCUGAUCAGUUCCCAGAUGUUUUCAGCAGAUUCACUGUGGAUGUCAUAUGUUGGUUCUAUCAGCCACAAGUCACUUGUAGGACCCAAAGGUCACCUUCUGCUGCAAGGAGUCCUUCUGUUUCAUGAGUGGAAGGGUAACUUUUGGAUUCGACAGUCUCCAUUAGAUCCACUUCACACUACUGUUAAUACGUCUGCAGAUAAUUUUGGCUCAACUCUAUUUUAAACCAUCAUGUGGAAGGUCAGAAAUAACCAGAUGUAAACAUGGGUGGACCUGAAGUGCUGUGGUGUUUGGACAUCUGAUGCGCUGGGUGGCCGGCAGGGGAAAAGGAGAGCAGCAAAAGAGGAAGAGUAGGAGCAUGUCUCAGAGAAGGCAAAGGCAAGGUUCAGAGAGGCCCUGCUAUAUUCAGAAAGAAGGAAGAAAGGUCAGGUUCAGCCCAGUGCUGAGCCACACUGGAGUUCAGGAAAGAGGGGAAACUAGUUGAGGGACUUGAGGGGUUAUCUGGGCGAUUAUGAUGAUGAAGAGAGAUUAUGUUUGUGUCACUUAGCGAUACCCUGUGAUGAACAAAGUCUUGGACGAGAGAGAGAGAGAGAGAGAGAGAGAGAGAGAGAGAAAGACAGAAAAGGAUCACAUACUCCAAAAUAAGAAGCUGGCUAGGCCUCUGAGGGCUUUCCUAUUUAUUGAAAGUUUCCUGUUUCUGGCACCCCUGAUGAGAUAAAACCUGCCGCGCCAAUACUGACUCCCUCCUCAAGCAUGUUCAUUUAGCAUGUAUGCUCUUUGUACCCAUUUGCACAGGUGCCCUCCAGAAAUCCCAAAUUGGCCAUGUUAGUUGGUAGGAGGUUCCCCUCUGCUUCUGCUCUCACAAUCCUAAAACUUGAGGUUGCUCAAUGAAAUCAGUUGGCAGAAGAUGUAGCGCAUGUCACACACAAUGUAUAUAAAGUGUGGUAAUGGCCUUGGGUUUAGAUGGGAUUACAUAAAUAUCAGCGUAGUAGGAGUGAGUAGGGCUAUCAAAGGAUGUUAGUCAUAAUGGCUAAGACUGCAGUCCCGGGGCCAAGUACAACUAAAUUCAGUUUGGCUUAUUUCUACGUAAACAUGCAUAGGAUUGCGUAUAAUUGGAACUUCCACUUCAGAAGCAGUUUAUGUUAGUUUCUGUUUCCUCACUGAGCAGCUGCUUGCAGUCACAGGACUGUUUACAUUCCAGAGUCCAGAUACUGUUGGAUACUCACGGGAAAGGGAGACGGGAUGUGACGUUACUGGUUUCUUGUUUCCUUUGUUUCUUUCGUUUCUUUUGUUCAGUUGCUCUCUGCUUCUCAUAGAGAGAACAUGUAUAUUUCUUUGCUCUCUGCAUAGCUUAGUAAUAAAGCAUGGCGAGUAGCCCAUACUAUCCCAUCCUUCCGUUGUGGACUUUGUUGUUUUAAUGCUCUGCUGGGUGGGCUCAAAGAAGAUGGGCCAUAUCAGCUCGGAUUACCGGAGCUGAAAUUCCAAUAUUUUUAACACCAGUUGUUAUAGGGGAGGGCAGCAUCAGGGGUCUCUAUGCCCUGCUUUGGGCUUCUCAGAAGCAAAUGAUUGGCUCCAACUUGGUCUGAUCCAAGACCAGAAACAUAUACUACUUAUAUUCUUGUAUGUGUGCAUAAUACAUUAUAAAAAUGCAUAUUUUUUUGUUUUUUGUUUUUGCACACCCAGUAGUAUUUCAUUGCCAAUGCUUAGCAUUCUUCUCAUCAUUCAAAGGAGAAAACAAACACUUAGAAACGAGCAUUUGUUUGUCGUUCUGUAGCUUCUUGGGACAUUUAAACCCCAUCCCACUAUUAAUGAACUGUAGAAAAGGCUUAGAUAAAAUAUCUUAGUUCUUGGAGAGUCAGAGUGAGAGGCUUUUGUUUUUCUGUUUGCUGAUAUUCAGAUGGGAGGCUUAUUCCCUUAGAGGGGGAUGCAAAACUAGAACAGGAAAGGGAUUAGGGGCUGCCUAUAAAUUAUGCAACACCUUGGGGGCUGCCUUAUCCCCUGGACUUUAGUGAGAAGGGUAGCUUUUUAUGUGGCAAAAGUAAAGUACUUGAAAAUCAUGAAAUAUGGGUUAUUUAGGAGCAAGUAGAUGUUUAUGGGUCAUCCUACAUAACUGAGAUAACUUAAAACAUUCCUACUUCACUAGCCUAUUGACAAAUUUAUUUCAAAAGUUUUAUUUGCUCAUUCUGUGCAAUAUUUCUUAAAACUGUAGAAGUAGAAAAUAACUAAUCAUACAGACAGAGCAACAUCUGAAUCUUUCCGAUUGAGGCAGGAAACACAUAUAUUCUGAUUUAGAUAUAUAAAAGUGAGCAUGCAGUUUCACAAGAUUUUUCAUAAGUGCAUUUGUAGCAAACCAAGACUUUAUCAAAAGGUUGCUCACUGGCAUUACACUGCUUGCGUAUGAUGGUUAUACUGUACGUCUUUUUGUUAAUCAAAUAUCUGACACAAUUAAGUACAUUUCCCUGUCACUUUCCUAUCCCAGAAGUCUUGUUUUUUGUUUUAUAAAGUAGAUAUGUUGUGACAGGAUGCUUUAAUCCAUUUUAAUUGCAGAAACCUAAAUUUCUGGCAUGUUAUUUAAAUCCCUCCUGCAAAAUACUGACAGUUUGGAGGUGGCCAGAAUAUCUCCCCCCCCCCCCUUAGGACAAGAAAUGGGAAGAUUCCCUACCAUCAGAUUUCAGAAAGGAUCGUUUUGUCAUCACCAGCUAUGGAAAUACACCUUCUUACUUUAUCAGUUCAUGCCUCCUGUCUGUGUAUGUGUUGAUGGGAUAUGUUUACAAUCACAUUGUUGGAAAGGACACCAAGGGUCAUCUAGUCCAACCCCCCGCAAUGCAGUAAUUUCAACUAAAUCAUACAUGACAGGUGGCCAUCCAACUUCUGCUUAAAAACCUCCAAGGAAAGAGAGCCCACUGCCUCUCAUGAAAGCCUGCUCCACUGUUGAAGAGCUCGUACUGUCAGAAAGUUCUUCCUGAUAUUUAUCCAGAAUCUCCUUUCUUGUAACUUUGAAUCCAUUGGUUUGGGUCCUAGCCUCCAGAGCAGGAAAAAACAAACUUGCUUCAUCUUCCAUGUGACAACCCUAUAGGAUAGAAUAAAAUAGCUGCAAGCAGAGUGGGUGAAAAGCCUCUGUGGAGAGGAAAGUCUGACUCCACGUGAGGUGAGGGCCCUGCUGGAUGACAUGCUACUUUAGGUCAGUUUUUGUGAUCUCUUCUGCCUCAGCAAAAAUGCAUUAGACAAGGUGAUAUGGAUGCAAGAGUUAGAGGAAUCCUUCAAGUGAAUUUCUACUUAAAAUAUGAUAAAGAUAUGAUAGUUAAAAGAACCACUGAUUUUAUAAUGUUUUGCUGAAAAGCUGCCAAUCGUAUAUCAGCAACUACAGUGGUACCUUGGGUUACAGAUGCUUCAGAUUACAUACGCUUCAGGUUACAGACUCCACUAACCCAGAAAUAUUACCUUGGGUUAAGAACUUUGCUUCAGGAUAAGAACAGAAAUCGCACGACGGCGGCGCAGCGGCAGUAGCAGGAGGCCCCAUUUGUUAAAGUGGUACCUCAGGUUAAGAACAGUUUCAGGUUAAGAACGGACCUCAAGAACUAAUUAAGUUCUUAACCUGCGGUACCACUGUACUUGUGAUUAAAACAGGUGUUGGUAUCUUUGAUAUGUUGUGGGAUGCUGUUAUCCCACAACAUAGUCCACUGAAAUGCUAAACUGCAGAUUAGCAACUGGCACUCUCUGGAGAGUAGAUGUCUUAUCACAUCCCCUGUCACCAAAGCAGAAGUGAAGACUUGUGUGGAGGAAGUGGUAGUUUGGGGAAGAAGGCUUCACAGCAGACACUUUUGUUGCCUGCUCCCUCAGAGUUAUAGGCCUAUUAUCUGAUCCUGUGGUUGCCAAAUCAAUAGUGGUGGUCUGAGUAUGAUCAGACAGAGGAAGUAAGACUGGGUGAAGAAACUGCAUUUCAAGCAGCUGCAAUGAAUAGCGUCUGAGGUCGCUUCUACACAGACUCUUUUCUGUGGAACUGCCAUCCUCUUCCCAUUUACUUUUUAUAGAGAAUUCCAGAUGAUGUUGCUAAAUAAAUGCAGUCAAAUAUUUUCUUUGUUGUCUACCCUCCCAUAUUUCUUUCAGACUUGAUUUGUGGCGGUGGGCUUCUUUCCCUUUUUGCAACAACAUGUAAUUGCAGCACCAGCUGUUCUAGUGUGAACAGGCAAAGUGCUAUUGAAGCUUUUGGGGGCUCCUGUCCCUAUAAUUAAAAGUGCCUUGUUUGCAGGUCCUGCCCAUAUUAUUGCUUCAUGUUGAUCCUGACUAGGAGAUUAGUGAUGAAUAGCAGGCGUAGCACCAACAGCCAGCAAGGGGCUCAGUAGGGUCCUUCAUUGGCCUAACCCAGCUGCCUGCUGCUGGGUCCUUUGGUGGCUGAAGAGCAGAGAGCAGGUAGCAGUACUACUCUUGAAUGGAAGCUGAACUUGGCUGUCCAAUCUCAAUAGGCCAGGGACAGGCAUUGCGCUUGGAGGAAGUUAAGAUGGUGGGCAGCCACUGUGGGUGGGAGCUGAGUUUGCCUGCCAUUUGAAAGUGGUGUCACCACACACUCACUGAUAAAGGAGCUGUCCAAGCAGGAAGGAUGUAUGUAUGUAAAGAGCGUUUCUCCUCAUGGCAUGGCUUCUCCCUGCCCCUUCUUUCACUUGCACUAGGGACUUCUGGCGCUGCUUAUGUUGCUCACAAACAUACCUACUGCCAACACCUGCCUCGCAGUUGGCCCCAAACCCCCUCCCACACAGCUUGCCACCAAAAACCCUCUCAACCCCUCACAGCUCCCUAACCCCAUCCCUUUUUGCUUCUGUCGUUGUUGCCACUGUGGGGCAGGGAGGGGAAUGAAGGAGAGAAAGUUGAGAAGGUGGUGAUGGCAGCAGGACAAAGUGGAGAGCAACUUUCUCCCCUUCAUUCCCCUCCCCUCCCCUCCCCACACCAGUGGUGAUGGCAGCAACAACAGGAGGAAUCUGGGAAGAACUUCCUGGGCCACCUGCCUGCCAGACCACACUGGUCUGUUUGCUCACCCUGCCUCCCUGUGGUGUCUGUCUGCCCUCCCUCUUCUUCCUACCCCAGUCUGGCAGGAAGUGCAUGGAAAGGCCUGCCUUGCCACUUGUCUGCCUGCUCUCUUUUUCGUUGUUUAUUUGUUCAGCAGCAUGAUGACGGAAAGUGCAAAUGUAGUAUAUAGAGAAAAAUGGCCUGAGGGGAAAGGGUUAGGCACUCCUUCCUCUGCUCCUUCUCCAGUCAGAUACCUAAUCCCUGACCCCUUAUUGCCUUUCAGUAACAAUAAAAAGCCAUUGGGAGACUGGUCAUGUGUUUCUCAGAGUUUCAUUAGUUUGGCCAAUUCAGAACAAAGGACUCUGGCUCUUUGCCAAGAGCAUGGUGUGACACACAGCCUAAAUCUCUGCUUUAUAUGAGGGGCCAAGGUCCCACCAUCCUGCUGCAGGCUUGACUCCUGACACCUAUAAACAAAUCAGUAAGCAAACAGUGGGUGGUAUUCAUUGGGUGGUAUUAAAAUUAAUGGACCUAACUUUGCCAUGUUGAUUAAUUUCAAUGGAACUGCUCUGAGUAAAACUUAACAGAAUAGCACACAUAGUAGUAAUAUGAAAAGGGUAGAACAAAGUAACUCCUUAUUUAUUUUUUGUCAUGAUCUGUGAAUGCCUGUUUCUGAUGGAGUGGUAGUUCCCAUCUGCAUCUUCAGUGUGCUGUAACUCCCCCCCCCCUUUCUGCCUCAAGCCCACAUGGCACUGUUAGCAGCCUUUGAGUCUCCUCUGCCCAGUCCUACUCCCCUCUUUUAAUGCUAUUUAGAAGUGGUGCUUGUUGUCCAAAGAUUUCCCCAUCAUUCCUUCUCACUCGCCAGCCUCCGCCACAUGCUGCUAACAAAGGAUACCGGCACAAUUCAAAGGCCUCCGUUACUAAGGUUUCUAUGGUAACAGCCUGCUUGGCGGUCUCUGUUGCCUGUUAAAACUUUGAUCUCUGCAAAUAGCUGCUGCUGUUCUUCCCUUGAUUGACAAAACAAGAAAGAGAGGGAUGGGCAGAAAAGAAGAAGUUUAUUUCUAGCAGAGGGAGGAAAGAGGAAUUCAUUACAUGGUCACACUCUCCCAAUAAAUCUCUCAGUGGCUUCCUGGAUGCCCCUCUGAUUUACAAGAGACGCGUUUCCUCUCUACAACUUUUUUAUGCUGUUAUGGGAUCAUGCCUAAAUGUUGAGGCCCAACAAGUGCUACGGUUUUGCCAAAUAGCCACACGUUGCCACCGCUAGAAGAACAAUAGUUCCUUUUUCCCAUUAGAGAGCUGCAGAACCAGACUGCUGUAAUCCAAUAUGUCCAAAAACAAUGUUAUCAUAAAUUCCUAUUCUGUGCUUAGCUGCACUUGCUAUUUUACUGUGUUUACAUUUGCAUGUUUUCACCCCCUCACAUUGACCAUCCAUGGUGUUUUUUCAACCUUUUGUGUGUCUUGUCUCAUAGGAUGUUUCCCUUUUUCCAUAACCUACUUACCUCUUGUCUCAUUUAUUUAUUUUUCCUUUGUCAAAAUUUUACAACUUCUCUUCAUCCUUCCCCAUAUUUGAGUUUGCCCUUCUGAUUUAUUCCCCUGCCAUUUGGAUCAGCAUAUCUUUCCUUUGCUUUAACACUGUAACUCACUUCCCCGUAUCUGCUCUUUUCUCUGCUUUGUACAUGCUAUGCCAAAUCAGUGCCUGCUCCUUCUCUGUAGACUUUGCUGCCCACUCCUUGCAACUUGAUUAUGUGUCUGGCUCAAACUUCCGUUGAUGGUUUAAGAGGCAGCAGGUGCAUUUAGGGAAACGGCAGAGAGGCAGCUGCUGGAUGUACUUAUACAAAAGGUAUAAUCAGCAGUGCAGCGGGAAUAGAGACAAUGACAGCAUGUCCUAGAUUUUCUUUUUAUUAUUGAAACAAGGACAAAUUUGCCAUUUGGAAAUAACCAUCUGGGACAAUCCUAAUAAACUGGGCCAUCUAGUCAGCCUAGCAGUAGGAUAGUUGCUAUGAGUUACUGACACAUGAAAACAGGAGGGCUUGGAGCCCGCACAGAUAAAAAUAUGUUUAUGGGGAGGUGAAAUACACUGAAAUCUAUGCUACUGUUGCAAUUGAUUUAUCAAAUGUCUGCAGUUCCCUUUCCAGCAAGAAAUAGCAAUAAUAAACAGGAAGCCAAGAUGGAUGAUCUGUUAUCUGGAUCGCUUAAUAUGCUAUUUUCCCCUGCCAGCUUGUUCCUUCUCUGUACUCUCCUGCUUUUGAUUUUGAAUUGAGUUUGGCACCUCCACUAAGUGCCAGACUCAGAUCAAUUCCCAGUGUACAAUUACGAGAAUAGGUGAAUAAAUGUCCUUCCUUACCUUUGUACAGGAAUGAAGGUUUGCUCAGGUCACGGUUUAACCUGAGGAAGUUAUCUCUUAAAGAAGAUGGUCAUGAGGGGAGGGUUUGACUGCCUUAUUUAGAGGAAGGUACAACCACCCCAAGCGUCUUUUAAUUACACCAAUGUCAGUUUCUGCUCUCACAUGGUUUGGGGGCAGAGGAAGAAAAGAGAGAGACAGAGAUCUCAAUUACUAAUUUCCUCUCAUUUUUUUUCUGGAAUGCAGUGGGCAAGCAAUGAUGCAACGCAGGUGUCCCAUGAAAAAGUGAGUGUACAAAGGAUGGCAAUUUCAGAGGAAAGGGUCAGAAGCAACUUUGGUGGCUAGAGCAGUGGUUGCCACUGUGGCACCUUUGGCUACAUCUGCACCUGCAGAGGCCUUUUCUGGUACCCGUAGGGUCUCCUUUGCCUGCUGAAAUUAGAUUUGAAAGAGGCAUUCUGUUGCAGCCAAUAGAUUAGGUUGCAGUGUGUGCUUGGUUGCAAUGCGCAUGUGAGACCUAUGGCAGACUCCCCAUUUUGCAAAUGUACCCCUGGACGUACCCAAAAAUGUUGGUGGCCCCUUGGCUGGAAGCCUGAAUGCUCAUGCUCUCAUUCUGCAUCACUGGGGUUGGGAAGCAAAUAGCAACUGAAUGUUGGCAGUGGAAUAGACUUGUGUGUUUCCUCAAGCAGAUUGCUAAAACCAAAACCUUUAAGAAUAUUAGAGCUGCAUCUUGGCAGCCCUUGUGUAUUUGUUGACUGUACGCUUCAAAUUUCUAUUCCCCCCCCCGCAAAAAAAUAUAGUCCCAUUUUGUGUCACAUCUGCCUUGCGCCUGGAUUAUCAAAUUUCUAAAUGUGCAAAAUGUCUCAAUUUUUCUGCCUGAAAAUUUCCAAGAGGUAUUCAGACCUCUUCCUUCCUCACCCAGUCUGUUCUUUUGUCCUCGUUCGUUAUAUAUUUUUGGUUCACUUGUUGCUCAUCCCUGUGGGAGGAAAGUUGGCCUUCAAUUAGCAAGCAUUCAUGACAGGCCCAUGUGUUACCUCCCCCCUACCGUUGCUGUGGUUACCACUGGUAUGAACAAGAGCGGCUGGGUCAGCUGUAGUGUUUUUCAGCAGCCUACUUAACAGCCGGUAUUAAAAACUAGGAUCAGUGGGAGGUUCUGUGAAGGGGGGUGGAAUUACGCAGCAUUGGGAAGAGCGGUUAUCUUUGAAUUAAUGCAGCUUGUGUAAAAGGAGGGGGGAAUCAAAAUGCUGAAAGGUGGGCGAUAGCACAGUUAUUUAGUGCUGUUUAAUUUCUGUUGGAAUAUUCAAGUCAUCAGGUUCAGACCUAGGCAUGGCCUCUGCCCCGCCUCCACCUCACCCCCGUGCUUUGAACUAGCCCCCAAGGAGAGAGCUUAGUGAAUUCCUUUAGAGAUUGAAUUCUUCACAUUAGACAGGGUGGUGGGCAGGAGGGAAGGGCGAGAAGAAAUCUGUGAGACGAGAACAAAACACACACAGUCUUUGGGCGGGUGUGUGUGCUUUGUCUGAAGUGUAUGCUGUAUUCUGGAAUCUGGCUGUAAACCGUUCUGUGGGAGUGUGGAGGGUGCAGCAUAGUCCCUGGCAAUCGAGGCCGAUCUGACUGUUUUGACAGGAUGUGCUGGAAUACAGGGGUUGGUAGGUUGGCUACCACAUCUGUUUUGUUUUGGAGGCCAGAUCACAGUUUGAGAGUGCUAGGGAUGUUCAGCUCUCCAGAUCUUUAGGCAUUCACACUUGGCCUCAAACAAUUCCCUAACUAGAAAACAUGAUCCCACGCUCCAGAUAUCUGCAGGCUUCUCCUACCUGGUAGCCUCUGAUAGUUUUGGCCCACCACUAUUAGCCCCAGCCAAAAUGGUCAAUGGUCAGGGACAAUGGGGUUAACAGUAAAAAAACACUUGGAGGGUACCAGGUCAGAAAAGGCUGGUUUAGAAGUUUUCUCUCCCUACAUAUUUGCUUUUUGUGACUGAAAGUCAUAAACAUACAUGCAACUGAGACUAGUGUUUAGUGCAGUUGCUGUUUUAAAUGUGUAUGAAGGAAUAGGUACAGUGUUACAUUCAGAUGAAAUGUGGGAGAUUUGUGAUGGGAUCUCCCAAUGUUUAGUUUCUCUUUAAAGGGAAGGGGAGAAUUGAAUCAGGACUGCCAUGUUGUUUCGAAGCCUUUUGCCCAUGCCAUUUUCCUGAUCGAUACCUUUCAUAUGUUUACCCACAGCAAGGAAAAUAGGAACUUUGGAGGGGCACAGUUAGAUCAAGAAAAUGCUAUACUGUAAAAAAGUAGCACCCUUUUCCAGCGUAACAGUGCUCGUAUCCUCACCAGGUGUCUUAAACCAUGGAUUUGGGACCUUGUAGGGAUAGCAGUAGAAAAGAGAGCAGGAUUUGGUAGGAAGAAGCACUCUGAAUAGUAAGAGUUAAAGAUCCUUUCCCUGUUCCGUUGCUUCUCCAGUGCAAACUGCUUUCCCCUAGGAAAAUGAGUUUCUGGCCUUUUGUUAUAUGUGUAACAUAUAGUUCAGCCCAAAGAUAGUUGCAAGAAAACUAUUGGUGAUAGAAACAAUUAUUGUUAUAAGGAAAUGUGAGCACAUUAUCUGCAGAAUCAGUUUUGCGUUCCACUAUGGUUCCAAGAGCCACUCAUGAUUGAUGAUGUUACAGUGGUGAUAUAACAGCAGCUUUGAUGAAAUGCAACAGGUAGCAAAGCAUUACUAGACUUUAUAGAGUGCUUUUAUUGUUGCUUUGACAAUAGCCUCAUGGUUAGGGGACCAGAAACAUAUACUGUAGUCUUAAUAAGUAUAGCCCUCUUUUUUAUUCAAUGGGGAAAACUAGAAGUAGGAAAGAAUUUAAUUCCAGUUGGUGAUCUUAGUCUAAAUUUUGCUUAAUGCAGAACUGGCUGACGGAUGUGGAGACAAGUUUGUAUCUAGAAUUCUGUAGCCAGUGGCCUAUAACUUCCUGAAGAUAAAAUAUUGCCCUUUCUCAUGAAUGGAUUCUAAAUAAAUACAGUAAAGCAAAAUGGACUGAUCUUAUGCUCCAUGCAGUUUAUUUGGACUGCAAUCCAGUCACGUGGCAUUAAGUCCCAUUGAAUCCAAUAGCACUGCUAAAUGAAGAUGCAUUAGGAUUGCAGUAUAAGUCUACUAAGAGCAAGUUGCAACGUAACACUGUAUUCAAGAUGACUCUCCUUUUCUUUCCAUUCAUGGUGCGCUUGUGGAGCUUCUGAGUGCCAAGAGACUUAAUCCAUACACAUUUGUAUCUGAACAUUCUACUGUAGGUCAUCCACAGUAAUUUUGUGGAUUAUUUUGACACUGGGAUGGCUCCUUGUGGUGAUUAACUUUUUGACCAAUUAAGAAACCUGCAGGUCUCAGGAUGAUAUCUAAUCAUGCUAAUGAGCUGGCUCUUGAAUUGGAUAUGAAAAUGUUCGAUUGCAACCAUUUAAUCAAGAGCUGUAACAAAAUAUAGAUGCAUAAACGUAGAAGGUGAAAAUGUUAAACUCUGUAGAGGUUUCUACUUACCAUGCUGAUAAAAUUACAUUUUCGUUGAAAUUGGGCCAAUGUUUUUUGUAUAGCUGGGGUAUUCACAAGAGCCAGGAUUGAUGGUGGCAAUCAUUCAGCUCUUUGCAUUUUCCAUUUUAACUGAGAUCUUAUCAGUGCUUUAACUGCAACAAAAAAUCCAGAUUACAAUGCUAAUUUUAGGAAUAUCAGUUUUCUUUAAGAGACCUUAUCCCCAACUCCCUGCAUCUCUGGGUUUUUACCAGACAUCUCUAAAAGUACCAGAGGCAGUCAAGGUUGGAAUGACCCAAGUUGCUAUUAACACAGAUGUGGAGUACGCAGACAGUACUGUUUUACAAUGUCAAGCCUUUCCUUUCUGUAAAGCACCGCUGAACCAGGUUGUUUCCAUGUCAACUGGAAGCAAUCUAUGCAGGCUCAAUGCAGAAUUUAUGACUGCUACCUAUAAUAAAGUCUCAAAAGGAAUAGGUCAUAUAUACUGAAAGUCUAGGCCAAAAUUAUUUUUUUUGUCUUGUUUCAUUAAGAGACAUAUGUAUGCAUGAAGCUAAACGAUGUAAUAUGUAUACUUAUUAUUUCUCCAGUGAAGCAGUGUUUCCUGCAGCUAUUUCCUAUAUCUACCCUUUACCUAUUUUAAAUCCCUAUCAGUUUAAAGAUGUGGAGAAAGGGAACUGCAUCCAUUCCUGUACAGUUCACUGAGAAAUAAGAAAGGAGAGAAACCACACAUGAAUCAUACUAGUUUCUCAUUUUUCUAAUCUUAAAUUCAGUUAUCCACAUUUACACGUCACAUUUCUUUUUUAAAAAAGAAAGUCCUCAUGAAAAUUCAUCAGCAUUUUAGCGUGAAUUUCUCUUAAUAAUAUUUUUUGUACAUAAUCUCACCUAAUAUACCCUUUUUGGUAGUAGUUUUCUCCAACAGAAUAAAUUUUGUAUGUUAUUUUCACUAUUAUAUGCAUUUUUAUGCACACUUUACUCCAGCAGGUACUUUUUAUUUACACAUUACUUGGCUGGCAAAGUCCACUGCAAAAUUUGGAAUAAUGCAAAUUUUGCAGGAUGGCUGUGGGUUUGUUCUUGUACUGUUUUGGAAAGUGUGAAUUCACUUCUAAAUGUGAAACUGAAUCAAAUGUCUCCCCCAUCUCUAGCAUAGAGACCUCAUCAUAACAUAAGAGCAGGCUUCAUGCUGAGGCAAGGGAGUGAUUUUCCUGCACUAACCUCUCUCCUUCUUUCUCCUCCUCUGUCUUUUCUAGGCAGGACAGGGCUGCUUGCUGAUCUCCUGCCCAGUUUUGCUGUGGAGAUUAUGCCAGGUACUCCGUCAUCUAACACUUUAUCCAUUCUUCUUCUGCUUUAUCUUCCCAUUCAUCCACAGCAUCUUGUGCAUUCAUCUGUUUGUGCAUGUGCCUUUGAUUCCCCAUCUUUUCCAUAACUGCUUGCAACUAGCAAUUGGGGAGAAUAACCGGGGCUUUAGCAAGUGACACGGAGCAUGCAAAGACAACGGUGACUUUGUUGUUAGUCAUGGGACCAUUCACUUGGGUCACUUCCAUACCAACCUGUCCAUCAAGCAUUCAUCCAGAUUUGUUUUCACAAAGUUUGCAGGGAGAUUCUAUGAUGCCUGCUGUUUAUUGAGUAUUCUUUCUGAUUUGUUUGCGGGGAGGUUGUAUGAUGUUGCAUCAACAACAAUAAUAAUAAUUUAUUAUUUAUACCCCACCCAUCUGGCUGGGUUUCCCCAGCCACUUUGGGCAGCUUUCAACAGAAUAUUAAAAUACAAUAAUCUAUUAAACAUUAAAAGCUUCCCUAAAUAGGGCUGCCUUCAGAUGUCUUCUAAAAGUCUGGUAGUUGUUUUUCUCUUUGACAUAUGGUGGGAGGGCGUUCCACAGGGCAGGUGCCACUACUGAGAAGGCCCUCUGCCUGGUUCCCUGUAGCUUCUCACAGUGAGAAGGCCCAUGGUGCUGGACCUCAGUGUAUGGGCAGAACGAUGGGGAUGGAGACGCUCCUUCAGGUAUACUGGACCAAGGCUGUUUAGGGCUUUAAAGGUCAGCACCAACACUUUGAAAUGUGCUCGGAAACAUACUGGGAGCCAGUGUAGGUCUUUCAAGACCGGUGUUAUGUGGUCUCGGCGGCCACUCCCAGUCACCAGUCUAGCUGCCGCAUUCUGUAUUAGCUGCUAUGUUGCAUUCUACCCGCAAAUUAGUGACGGUCUAGAAGCAGCUUUGGUAAGUAAUUAAGUUUUUUGUUUAGUAGCGUCCCACAGCUAAAGCAACCAAGACAUACAUGGAUAGGCGGUUUGGUAGUAUUUGAGGGUUGAUAUUUUAAAAACCCUACAGGCAAGAUAGAUUUAGGGUAUUAUUCAAUCUACUGCUGCGAUGGAUACUCCAGUGUUGUUUAUAUAAAGCUGUUGUGUGUAUCCCUAUCUUGGUGUAGCUGGAGACUGCUACUACUGGGAAAAUCCUAACUUGCACAUACAACUGAACACAAUACAACUGUACAAUGCUACAUGGAGGAGCUGCUAUUUUCUUAAAAUCACUGCCAUUUACCACUUAGUCGAUUGCUGUCUGUGCCUACCCAUUGUUUUUUUGGUUUUUGCUAUGAGAGAUGGGCAAAAGCACUUUUCUUUUCUUGGGGCAGUUCAAUCUUUGGAUAAUUAUAGCUUUAUUUAGGUCUCCAGGUAAACAUUAGGUAUAAUGGAAGCAAUCUAUAGUUCAUAGCAUAGGUGCUGACUACUAGGGGCCGAGGCAGUUUUUUAUGAAGGGGCUGGGCCCCCGCCCCAUUCUGCACUUUUGGUGAUGUUUUUGUGACGUUUUUGGGUCAUUUCCAGAUUCUGUAUGAUGCGUAUGUGCGUGGUUGCGUACUUAUUGAACGUGCAUAAAUAGGGGGUUGCCUGUAUGGAGUGAAAAAUAUUGAAGGUGGCCUUUCCUUCUAAGCAUUAAUAGAUGUUUUCAUUUAUCAAAUUCAGUUGAUUUACAUGUCCUUUAGUAUUCCCCAAAGACACUCAUUCCGAGGUUUUUGUAAACACACACACACACACUGAAUUAAUCUAAAUAAUCUUAACUGGCUAACGGUCCUAACAUUUUGAUACAUUUGUGUGUCUCUCUUUCUAGAGUGGGUGUUUGUGGGCUUGGUGAUCCUGGGGGUCUUCCUCUUCUUCCUCCUGGUUGGGAUCUGCUGGUGCCAGUGCUGUCCUCAUAGCUGCUGUUGCUACGUCCGCUGCCCCUGCUGCCCAGAUACCUGCUGCUGUCCACGGGCAUGUGAGUGACUUGUUCACAAUGUGGACGAAAUUGUGAAGCACUUUUUCAUGUAGAUACACCAUCUUCCUUGCCAUAUUCAUUGCUAAAAUGAUAUUUCUCCUCCUGUGCUUCUCACAGAACUGAAGGAUCCAGCUGUCAGCCCUAAAGUAUUGUUGCUCAUUAAAAUCAGGCUGACGAAUUGCCUUGGGAACUGAGAAGCCAAACGUGUAUUGGUUGACCUUUCACAGAGCAGAGUUUCAUAUGGAUGUCAAUCAUCCAUGGGGUGACUGCAAAAUAGAUUGGCUCUAAUCCAGCCGCAGCUAUGUUCAACUUGUGGGCUCUGGGUGGAGUUGAGCAGCUAGUUCUUAUGAGGCUUUAAAACACCCUUUGAACAGCCCCUUGGAAAGAGGAUUAUCAGUAUUCCUUCCUGCUAGCCUUUUGAAAAAUCCAUGAAGGCCUAUCUAUUUGUUCAGGCUUUCACUGGUUUGGAUGAGAGGAGUAUAUAUCUGUAUAGGGUUGGGCUCUAUAGUAGAGCACCUGCUUUUCAUGCAAAAUGUCCCAGGUUCAAACUGGCACACCUGGGAAAGAACCCUUUCUUAAAUCCUAUAGAGCUGCUGUCAGUUAGUGUAGACAAUACUGAACUAGAUGGACCAAUGAUCCAACUCGGUAUAAGGCAGCUUCCUUGGGUCUCUUGCAUCCAAUGGUGGCUUUCCAUCAGUAGUAAGCAAAUACACCUGUGCAAACUGGGGCACUCAAUUUUGGUCUUACCUUCUACUGCAGCUGCUUUUUCCUUCUGGGAAACACCUCAUGAGGGUUGGUGAACCCUCUGAACAGAAGGAAAAUAAUGUGGAGAGAUACAGUAGAUAGGGGGAUUUUCAAAAGCCAGCAAUGGAAUCAACCCAUUGUUUUUACUGUUAACUUUGAAAAGGUGGGUUGGUGGUUUUUUUUAAACGUGACUGCAUAAUUACUGAUGAAUUUUGAUGUCUCCUUGAUGUUUGUGAGUGACUUCAGUCAACAGCAGAAGCCAAAUGAUCAUAUGUUAAAUAAAUCUAAAGAUGGACCAGUCAGCUGAAUGGUGACUGGAUGUCCAUAGCAAUGCAGAUGUAAAUGAGCAGCCAGGUGUGCAUCUUAAAUCCAUCUGGUGGCAUGCACAGAAGCUUUCUUCCACACACAGAUCUUGCUGGAUCAGGGUGACUGUGUGGAAAGAAAUAUCAGUCACAUGAAUGCUCAGUGCACACCUGUGUCUGCUGUGAGAAGCCAAAUCCCAUUCUGAUAUAAGUUGGAAUCUUUGGCCAACUAGUUGCAGGCUUUUAAUACAUGCUUGAGGCUUCCAGUAGUAUUAAAGGUGAACUGCUAUGACGCUAUAAGAUAAAUUAAACAGAAUCUAUUUACAUGGUGAAUGCUCUUUGCUAAUUAGGCUUCUGGGUAAUUUCCCUCAAAUUUCAUUUAGGUUCUGCAUUUGUUUGCUCGGUGGUUUAAUUAUUUUUAAUUAACCCCCUUUUUAAAUAAACAAAUCCUCUGAUUAUUUUGCAGAAAUAUACUUGAUAGAAAGUCUUGUUAUGACCUGAACCUGAUUUUGCUGCUGAAGAUAUAUAGACCGUAGUAUCUCUGAAACAGAAAACAUUUCUGAUGACACUUGCUGAGCUUGUUUGUUUAAAAUGGGUUCAGUAUCAUCUCAUUUAAAAGAUCUUGGUCGAAUCAAUUGGCUGUUGCAAUUUCUGUUGCUAAAAUCAAAAGCAGUUACUAACUGUUAAAUGGGAAGCACUACAGGGUGAAUGCUUCAUUUUUAAUUAUUACCUUUUUUCCCCCAGUGUAUGAAGCAGGAAAGGCUGCGAAGGCUGGAUACCCUUCAACUGUUACAUCAAUCCCUGGGCCUUAUUAUAUUCCCUCUGUCCACUCUGCGGCUGGAGUCCCAUCUCAUGCUGUCCUGAUGGAGAAGUCACACCUUCCUCCCUUGGCAGCAAGUGAAUCCAGCGCAGGAGGACAAAGUGGUAAUCUGGAUGCUUUCUGGGUCUUUGUCAGAAUAUAUCAGCAGGGCCCUCAAAUGAAGCAGAAUGGGAGGAAAAUGUAUACAAGUGUAUUCACAUGGAAUUAAAUUAACAAAACCAAGGGAUAUCCUCAUUCUAACUAGGAAUGUUUCGAGAUUAGGAAAGGGUGACUUUUCCUGAAAAAUAAGGUACAAACUUCUUUGUAUGUUUUUUGAUAGACAGUUGUAUAUCAAAAUUAAGAAAUGUGCGAGUUUGCAUAAUCAUGCAAAGUAAAAACACAAAUCCUUUUUGCACCUCUGCUUCAUGUCUACCACUCAUGAGCAAAAACUUAUGGUAUUAUAUAUAUUUUUCCACCACAUAUUUUGCCUGGAACUUUUUAGAAGAAAGCCAUGCCCCAUUUCAAGUGUUCAGUGUGGUGGCAGCAUGCCCAGUGCAUAUUUCCAUGUGCUUUUGGUUAUGUCACACAUGCCUUGAAUCAGUACUGAUCUGUGAUUAAGAGACAGAGAAAAACUUUGUGCAAUCCUAUGGACAUUAGUCAGCAGCAAGUUCUGCUGAACGUAGUGGAAUGUGCUUAGGAUAGCGCUACAUGCCUUUUUGCUUAUCAGUGAUAGGCAGCCAAAGAAAAUGGCAGGUGUUCUUUAUCAACAGUCCUGUGCAAUACGUUAGGAUCAAAUGCUUGUACUACUAGCUCUUGAAACGACAUGUGGCAUUUCGGAAGGAAGAAUCUAAUUGGUAAUAGCAGCACUGCACUAAGAUGACAUUCCUGGAAAAGCAAUUGAUGACCAAAUGCUGGCAAUAAAGCUCCUGUGCCCUUGUACUAGUGUACUGACCUUUUGAGGGAUCAUUGGAAAAGUCAUUGGAAAAAAGGGUUUAAAUAAUCUGUGCAUUUCUGCUCUCCUCCACUGAAAAUAAGAAUGGAUGAGUUAAGGGGAACUGUUAAAACAUUCUUUCAUUAUUAACAAAAAGAUCUGGAGCAGAUUCAGGAGUGAUAAAUCAGUAUUUGACCAAAAGCAGAAUUAUAUUGAACUGAAAAGUAUCAUAACCAACCCAACAUGUUGUGUGUGUGAUUUAAAUGUCACUGCACAGAAAUGGCUGUACUGAACUAGGAUGCUCAAUCAACACAUACUUUGAAAAACAAACCAACAACCCACUGCAUUUUUCAUUUCAUUGGUAUCGGACAUGGUGUUGGGUCUGCUUCUCUGAAACUACCGUAUUUUUCGCCCUAUAGGACGCACCAGCCCAUAGGACGCACCUAGUUUUUUUGGGGGGAAAUAAAGGGGAAAAAAAGUUAUUCCCCCCCCAGCCGCGGCUUCAGCGUGCCCCACGCUCCGGGCAGCAGGCUGCUAUCCGCAGCCUAGGGAGCCCUGUGGGAACUCCUGCAGGCUCCCCAGGCUUGCGGAUAUCUGCCCGAAGCGCGGGGCGCUCUGCUUCAGUGCGCUCCGGGCAGCAGGCUGCUAUCCGCAGCCUAGGGAGCCCUGCAGGAACUCCCGCGGGCUCCCCAGGCUUGCUGAUAGCUUCCUGAAGCCUGGAGAGCAAGAGGGGUCAGUGCGCACCAACCCCUCUCGCUCUCCAAGCUUCAGCGAAAGCCUGCAUUCACCCCAUAGGACGCACACAGAUUUCCCCUUCAUUUUUGGAGGGGAAAAAGUGCGUCCUAUAAGGGGAAAAAUACGGUACUUUAAAUUGGUUGCAUACAUUAUAAAGCACGGCUAAAUCCUUCCCUGGGACGCGGGUGGUGCUGUGGGUAAAACCUCAGCGCCUAGGGCUUGCCGAUCGCAUGGUCAGCGGUUCGAAUCCCCGCGGCGGGGUGAGCUCCCGUCUUUCGGUCCCAGCUCCUGCCCACCUAGCAGUUCGAAAGCACCCCUAAGUGCAAGUAGAUAAAUAGGUACCGCUUUAUAGCGGGAAGGUAAACGGCGUUUCCGUGUGCUGCGCUGGUGCUGGCUCGCCAGAGCAGCUUCGUCACACUGGCCACGUGACCCGGAAGUGUCUCCGGACAGCGCUGGCCCCCGGCCUCUUAAGUGAGAUGGGCGCACAACCCUAGAGUCGGACACGACUGGCCCGUACGGGCAGGGGUACCUUUACCUUUACCUUAAAUCCUUCCCACCCUCUCACUUCUCAGGUACCAGGCAUGGGCAAUUGUUAUAAAUACUGUUGCAUGGGUUACUAUAAUCAUCUCUGAUUUAUAUGGAAUAGCUAAUGGAAUCAAAUCCUGACUGAAUGACUCACAAGAACUUUACUGACCACACUAGACAUUUCUUUAAGGUUGCAAAUAUGUUGCACUUACUUGGGAGUAAGUCCCAUUAAGAUCAUUUUUUAUUUUAGGAGUGUCUUCCUUAAUUGUUUGGGAUCAGUCAACAGAUCUAAACUCACUCUGAUAUUAAUAUCUACAUUCCACAAAAUAGGGUAUAAAUUUUUCCUACUACACAGCUGCAAUUGGGGGGGGGAGGGAUGACUAAUUUCCCUGUCAAUUACAGAAAUUAUGCAAGCUACCCAAAUAGAUAUCCAAAGGCCAAAAUAACCUCUGGGUCUACAAGAGAUGAUGACUGUAUAAUGCCACUCUAAUUUCCAUCAAGGUCACUAGCAGUUAAAAAGUCACUUUCAUAAAUGGAUAAGAUGAAUAAAGUUUUAUCGUAAUAAUAAAGAGACAUUCAUAUUGGAAGAAGCACCACGUCAUAGACAGUCUUGUUGGGAAGACGCAAUAAACACAAUGUUUGAGGAAACUGGUAUUCCCUGCUGUUAUUCAAAUUAGGCAUGACCCCACACUUUAUAGUUCCAUAUUUUAAAGGUCCACUUAUUUCAGUGCCAGAGAAGAAUGUGUUGACUUUUCCACUAAAAUCUUCAGGGUUUGGAAGUGUGUAAUUGUUCGUGAAUUUCCCUAUGGCUUUUGAGUUAACGAACACAUAAGAUUCUGUUCUCCCCUGCAAUCAGGAACUAGUUAGGCAUCCUGAUUUGAUUCUUAGGACUUGAAAGUUAUUUUUUGGAAAGAAUUCAUACUGACCAGUUAUUUACUACUUCUCCAAUAGUGCGGAAAGGCUACCGAAUCCAGGCUGACAAAGAGAGAGAUUCUAUGAAGGUGCUGUACUAUGUUGAGAAAGAAUUGGCUCAGUUUGACCCAUCGAGGAGGAUGCGAGAGAGAUGUAAGAGAUGGAACUUGUUCAGCUAUUUCUAGUAAAACCCAACAAUGUUUCAUUCAAAAUAGAAUGGAAUGUUAAUGUAGAAGACUGGGCUACUAACAGGAUGCAAAGUAACAUGUUUCUUCAACAAGGCAUCCACCUUUCGUAAUUGCACCACAUGCACAUUCAUCUCCCUCCCUGCCAUUUUUUUAAAAGUUGGAAACAGUUUUUAAAAUAUUGGAAAAAAGUGCUUCAGGAAAGGGGUGGAAUGUGAGUUAGUAAUUGCCAUCAGUUUCCACCAACCAGCAGGGUGAACAAUUGCCUUCUGCUGUAAAGACACAGAAAUGGUUUCUUCUGAGUUCAGUCCGGGAGAGAAAAACACAGUGAGUGCAUUUCCACAUAGGGCUCACCCCCACAUUAUGUAUGUCUGUACACAUCCAUCAUUUCUAGCAAAAGACGGCAGGAAAUAAAUUGCUACACACUGAGGUGGUCCAAGUCACUGACUCAUCAAGUCCAUUCAGAUACGUCUAAUACAGUUUUGUUUUUUUUAAACCAACCGAUAAAAAUGCUGCCCUCUAUUUUUAGCAUACACAUUCAAUAGAUUCAGCCCAUUAGUGCCACUUGGUCCUGGCUGUCAGAGAUACACAAGCUGCCUCAAUCACUUGACAGACUCAAGGAAUGACUUUAAUCACAGCUUUGAGGGAAAAAAACUAAAAAAUUACAUGGUGUACUCAAGCAGUCAUCACUGAACAUGCUGCCAUUUCCACCCACAAGAAAUACUAUAAAAAGGUUUCCUCCAGAUUGGGAUGCCUAGGAUCCAGAUGUCACUAUGUGCAGUGGGUUAGGCAAUGGGGGUGAUGGGAGGGAAAGAGCGUGUCAUUUUAAAAAGCUAAGUUUGGUGAAUCACACAGAGCCGGUCUAUCUCCCACUCCAGAAAGAGUGAGACAGAAUGCAUAUAAUUCUGACACACAGUAGGGUGCUUCUCCUAUGUUUUAUUGCUAUGGAGGAGUACCUGUGAAAAAAUGCAUAUGGAAAUCUUUAUGAGCAAUACAAUGUUUACAUUGGUUUUGCUUUAAGAAUCCAAAAAAACUACUUGGCUGCACUCAGGGGCUGGAACAUGUCCUGUUGAUUCCCUGUACGUUUUUCCUUUUGAGCAGCAGACCCUCACGCCAAGUUAGAAAUGCUUUUCCAAGACCUUCUUACUUUCUUACAUGAAAGACUGUUGAUGGUGAGAGACAGUACUGUAUCUCUCACUGACACAUACAGGUAGCCUUGUGGUUCUUUGGAUCUGUAAGGGAGCAGGUGGCGCUGUGGUCUAAGCCACUGAGCCUCUUGGGCUUGCUGAUUGGAAGGUCGGCAGUUCGAAUCCGUGUGACGGGGUGAGCUCCCAUUGCUCUAUACCAGCUUCUGCCAAUCUAGCAGUUCGAAAGCACGCCAGUGCGAGUAGAUAAAUAGGUACUGCUGCGGCGGGAAGGUAAACGGCGUUGCUCGUGUCACGGUCCUCCAUGUGCCAGUAGCAGUUUAGUCAUGCUGGUCUGUACACAAACACUGGCUCCCUUGGCCUGAAAAGCGAGAUUUGCUCCAUAACCCCAUAGUCGCCUUUGACUGGACUUAACCAUCCAGGGGUCCUUUCCCUUUCCCUUUCCCUUUUUGCCUUCUUUGGAUCCACUUUUUUCUCAUGUUUUCCUGAAUUGGUGCUUUUACAAGUGCCAUUUAAUGUUUGUUCUGUAGUCUUGUUCUGUGGCAGCACUUAUGCUUUGGAACUGCCCGCCUAUUAGGCAGAUGCCCUCACUAUACUGUUUUUAGUGCCUUUAUUUCAGCAAACCUACCCAGAAAUGAAAUAUAAUUUAGUCAUGUAUCCUAAUUUUUUAAAAUUGCAGAUUUUAUCUGUGUAGCAUUGAUAAUUAUUGUAUGUGCACUGCUUUGAUUUUUUUUAUUGGUUUAUAUUUUUUAAUUAAAAAAGAGUAAAGGAAAAACAGUUUUAGCAUUGCUUUUGAUAACUAAAUCCACAUUUCUGAUAAGGUUGGUUUAACAGGGACAAGUCUUACUCCACCACCAUUAUUAUUAUUAUUAUUAUUAUUAUUAUUAUUAUUUUAUUUAUUGAAUUUAUAUACAGGCCUAUACCUGGGGGUCUCAGGGCGGUUUACAGAAUAAAAUCAAAAUAUAAAACCACACAAAUACAUAAUAAAAAUAAAACCAACGACCCAAUAGCCCCCUCACCAUUUUUAUAGUUCUCUCUCACCCAUUCACACAAUGUUUACUUUCAUAAAAGAAAAAAUUCUACAGGUAAUCAUCCAUCCAGAAAGGAUGGAUCUGUUAUACAAUAUUUAGAUAUUCUAUACAACAUCUAGUGUUUCUUGAGGAAUUAAUUCUGUUCCGGUAUGUGAAGGCUCUCCAACAAUCCAUGAGUGUUAGAUUGCUAUUUUCCCCAAUGUCUUCUGAGUUAUUUUUAUCAUCUCCAUGGUUUCCAGCAUUUCUGUGCCUUCUUUCAUCCCAGACAAUAACACCAUCUCAGAGCUCAGCUCCUUGCAUGAGGAAGAUGCCAACUUCCGCCAAUCUUACCGCCAGGUGCGCAGGAAGCCGCUUCCCCCUUCAGGAGACAUGGAUGGUGAUGCAGAAUACUGGGCAGGAGUCAUCAGUGGAGGUGGCACAUCUAGGCCACAGACAUGCUCUGAUUACAGGGCAGAGAGGGGCAGCCUGAGGCUCAGGUGAGUGCAGCUCCUGGGAGAAGGGGAGAAAAGGAAGGGAGGGAGAAUGCCUUUUGCUUUCCUGAUUUCCCUCCUUUUUCUUUCUAAUUAUUGCGGUCCAAAUUUUUUAGGAGGGGGCAGGGGUAGGUGCUUGAAUGACAAUGAAGAGAGUAAGAGUCAAAAGUGACCAAGAUGGUGAGGGGCUUUGAGAAAAAUUCCUGUGAAUAAAGGUUGGAGGACCCUGGUGUGUUUACGUCCAGAGAAGAGAUUAAUAUAAAAGGUAAUUGAAAAUGUCCUUCAAUCAGCGGGGAGCCCUGGUUGAUGCUGUCGCUGCUGGAUGUUGCCUUGUUGGUGCUGACCCACAGCAGGGCCUUCUUAGUAGUGGUUUCCCAUUUGUGGAAAUUCCUUUAUUUAUUUAUUUAUUUAUUUUUCUUUCUAUCUAUCCCAAUUUUCUCCCAGCAUGAAUUAAAACAAACCAGGGAAGGCCCUCCCUGGUGAGGUUUCUCUCUCUUUCCCCACUCCCUCAUUAUAAACAUUGAAGAGGAAUUUUUGAAAAUGCCUGUUCACCCAAACACCUGACAGGUGAAAGAUCCUAUUCGCAACAACCUUGGAAUUAUUAGUUGUUGUGAGGUUAUAUGACUGUUUUUACAUGCUUUAAAAUAUUCUUCAUUGUUCUUAAAUGUUUUAAAUAGGUUUUACUUUAUUUUCAUUGUAUUCUUUUUGCUACUCCAUUAUUUGUUCUCCUAAGCUCCUUUGGGAGAAAGGAUGGGAUAGCAAUUCUAUAUAUAUACAUAUGUGUGUGUGUGUGUGUGUGUGUGUGUGUGUGUCCUUUGCUAGGCAGAAGGAUAUUAGGCUGCUGGCAUAUGUCAUUCAGGUGCUUUGCUUGGGGUUUAUUGCUUGCUCACCCUAGGCGAGCAGGCAAGUCCAGUUACAAGACUGGCUUACUGAUUUGAAACAAAAAAGACGAACCAUUUCCCGUCUCUUUCAGCCAGCAGAGAUGCAAGUCAGAAAUGCUCUCAAGGAAGAGUUUUUCCAUGGGAGUGCCGGCUGUCUCCAUGGAUGAACUUGCAGCCUUCGCCGAGUCCUACAGUCAGCACGUCUGUCGGACAGAAGGCCCUCAGGAGCCCCGGCGCUUUGAGCGGACAGGAUCCAGAGGAGCACGUGGAGGUGCAGUGCAACACCCAGAAAACUCAUCCGAUGAGUAUUAUGGCAAGCACAGGGCAGGAAACCGUGAGCCGUUGACAGAUUCGGAUCGGGGCUGGACGUAUAGCCCACCCAGGAGACGUGCCCACGAAGAGAAACACUUGCCUAGGCUAGUGUGUCGGACACCGGGAGGGAGUCAGAAGUACGACCACUCCUACCUUACCAGUGCCCUUGAGAGGAAAUCACGAAGCUAUGAUGAAGGUGGUGAUCAUGGCGGGACACCUUCAAAGUUUAGCUCGCAAUCCAGCCAGAGAGGAGGGACAUACUAUGCUUGGUCACCACCAUCCACUUACAAACCAGGGCAGCAGCAGCAGCAGCAGCAGCAACAACAACCUCCACAGCAAGAGGAAGGGGAAGACACUCUGCCGCCAUACAGCGAACGGGAGUUGAGCCGAGGCCCUUCAUACAGAAGCAGAGAACAACCAAGCCUGAAUAACUCAGAUAAGAAAAGGAAGAAAGAACCCAAGAAAACAGUGAGGCCAUGUCUGACACUCCUGAUCCAAAUGGGCUGAGCAAGAAUCACCAGGCAGGGUGGCUAGGUUCUGGGCUGAUGGGGCAACAACUUAGGGCCGCUUCGUAGUCAAUGUUUUUGUACUCUGGUUCUGUUACUCAAGUUGCAACUGGGGAAAGAUCUCAGCCCUGCUUGCACAGCUGUUGCAGGGGGAGCCUGAAAAUCGUGGCCACUUUCAUGUUUCAGUCUUAGGCCUUGGAAUCUGAGUACAAAAUGCAUUAUAAAAAAAUCUGCCUUGAUUCAGAGAACUGAGGAGUACAAAGAGGAAUAUCUUGAGCAGAAGGUGGCAGGUUAGGGGUUGAUAAUAAGAAAGGAAGCAAAAUAAUCUAAUUUUAGUAAAUCGUAAAUGAAUUCUGGGUCACUGAUGAUGGGUGAAAGCAAUAGUUGCUUGAUUUGAUCCUAGUGACCUGAGUAGAAAGGCAAUUAUUUUAAAAGUUUCCAAAGUUCAGAGUCUAGACAACAUUUGGAAGUGGCAUCUGUUCACCUUAUUUUUUGAGCAGUUGGAACAGUUAACUAUCUGUCUACUGGUGUUUGGAUGGGAAAGUUGAAAACCUAUAUAUUUCAUUCUUAAUAACUUGUUGCUUAUAACUUGUUGAGUAGUUAAAAGUGUAUUUGCACUAGCUGAUAAUCCACUGAUGUGCCAAAUUAAUUUAGAAGGCUGCCUGGUGCAGUUUGUGAUUGACCGGUCAGAAAAUUGCCCACUGAUCACUCAGUUAAAGGAAGCACAUUCAUGGCAGCUCUGGCCAUAAAGAAGUACUGAGAGAACACAUGUAUAACUAGAGAAUUACUGAUCUGAGGAAGAUCAGUUAGUGCAAUUAUGUUGGCUUGGGUGAUGGAGAAAGGAAGGUCCAAGUGCCAUCUGGCAGCUUACAAGGAGCCGCUCUGACCCUUGUACUUGUGGUGAGAUUUCUGGUUUUUAUCUAGAUUCAUCCAGACUCCCUUUUGCGCCACGUUUCUGGGUACAGGUCCUGGCUUUCCAGGUCCAGGUCCGAGUGGUUUUUCUUUUGACCCAGUCCUUUCCCCAGAACAAUUCGUGUUUUACAACUGAAUUGAAGCAAAUGGCAACCAGGUUUUUCGCAGAUUGCUGUUUGUGUCAAUUCAGUGGUAAAUGUGGAUUUUCCCAGGGAAAGCACUGGGACCCCCCCCCAAAAAAAAACACCACUCGGACACAGAGCUUUAAAGUGUGAACCUGUGCAUGGAAAUUACAGCACAAAAGGAAAUCUGGAUGAGCAGUUAAUUUUGAAUAUAGACAAUGCCACAAAAAGGUUGUGUGGAGCCUUGAGAAACUGCACCCUGAGCUCAUGAUGAAGCACUUAAAUGAACAAUUACCUGGACAUGGUUUGAACCAGGAAUGAAAACACGGGGUCUUCCAGCAGGCUUUCAGAAGGUACGAAUUGGCCCCUUCAUAUUGAGGCUGUGAUAUUGGUGGGCAGGUGGUAAAAGAUAGAUUUGAUAAAUGCCACCAUGAAGCUAGUUAGCAUGUAGGGAAGCCCCACUGUAAGAUGCUACCUUAAAGCUUCUGAAAGCAGAAGCCAAGCACCCAGUUUUUGUUCCCUGCUGAGGAUACAUUUUUCUCUUCAUGUUAUGAGAGAUGUGAUUUAGUGUUUCACAGUGUUUGCCUCUCUUUUCCCCCUCAGAAUGAGUUCCCAACAAGGAUGUCCCUCGUGGUGUGAUGCUGUUGUAGAAGAGUUGUGUUAAUGGACUUGGAAAACAGAAACAGUGAUACUGCUGAGUCACACAGGCUUCCAAGAUGUGUGUUCUCACCUGACAAUAUUCAGACUCUUGUCUGUUUCAUCAUGUGAAUAGAGAUCUUGUGCAGAAGCUAGUUCCAACCAGUUGCUCUCAUCCAGUCAACCCCUUGGAAAGGGGAAGCUCAGCUGACAAGGAAAUGAAACAUGGAGAAGAUUUAUUUUGCCAAGCUCAUCUUCUGAUCUCCCAGCAAAGAUGGUGUCUCCAUAUUUUUAUCCUCAGUCAUCUCUGAACCCACAGUAUUAUGGGAGCUGCUUUCUUGUAUGAUAUAUAUUCCCUCCCCGAUAAGACUGACUUCUCACUUGUACUGCUCUGCAUCCUAGAUUUGACAGGGAAAGUUGCCACAGGUUCAAGGGGCUCUCACCAUUUGCUCUUUCUUCCCAUGCUGAGACUUCUUGAAAUGGCAUUUUCAAGAAAUACUGCAAAAUGAAUUCUACACCUAUCUGGAAAUGAUCCCAAACUGAGAUCUAGGGCACUGCACUAAGGAGGACAGGGUAAUAUUGAGGAACAUAUUGGAGUUCCUGUAUUUUAUUUUAUUUUUAAAUGUCCUUCUCAUUCAGGAAUGGGAGCCACCAGUGAGAUUAAUGUUUUGUUUUGAAAGUGAAACUUAGUAGAUUUUGCUGUAAUGAGAAUGUGCCAUGUUAUUUCACUGUUGUCUGAUAUGAUGUAUCAGCAUUGCCUUACAGUUGAACUAUAGCCAUAAAAGGCUUCAGCUAGUUCUGCUGAUUGGUCCUUUCGUAAGCAGAGCUCAAGCUUGGGUUCUGCUGACAGUACUCUCUCGACAAUGAUUUUUUUUCUUAAUAAAGCCAACUAGUAGACAACAACAGACCUAGAAUGAAAAAAUCAGGGUGCAAAAGAGGAGAAAAUAGCCAUUGCUUUUAUACUUCUACAAGGACCAAUAUUGCUCCUUUUCUGGUAAUUGGCUGCGGCCAUUCAAUAAGGCAACAGAAAAUUUGAACAAUAAAUAGGUUGGGUGAAACACCAGCUUUGAAAGUUACUUCAUUGUUCACAUUUUGUUCUUCUAAAGCAUCAAUAGUCCAAGAAUCUGCCACAAUGCUGGGAAGGCAGAUCUAGUUCCGAAGUGGCACGUGAUCUUCAAUAACUUGUUUUAUGCUUGGGCUAAGUAGACAAAAUUGAGCGUGAUGUCUGGCUGCUGUAACCAUUGCCUGGGCUCUAGCACUUCUGAGGAAGCAGUGAAGCCAAAACUGAACUGGGUAUUUCAUACUGCCUCGAAGCUGGCCAGUCCCAAGCAGUGGCGUAGCGUGGGUUGUCAGCACCCGGGGCAAGGCAAGUAAUUUGCGCCCCCUAACCUGUGGAUUUGCGCCCCCUAACCUGUGGAUUUGCGCCCCCUAACCCUAACCCCCAGAUGUUGCGCCCGG